UUUUGAUAUGAUUUCAUCUUGUUUCGUUAAGGCUCUUUGAUCACUUGAACUUCAUGUCUGAAGUUUUUCAUAUCUGCUGAACUUGGCACAAGUAUACUAGGCAGCCUACACAGGUUGAUGGGGUGGUUAUUAUUUGUACUUAGGUGGAGCAGAAUGGAGGGGGUAUCACUAUUUUUAAAUUUGGCCUAGGGCAACAGAAAGGAUUAAAAGGAAACAACCAUCAGAAUCAUGCAGUAAUCCUUACCUGUUACAAACAACAGAAUAUUAAACGAAAUGUUUUGAAAUCCAUUUGCUGGUGGACAAUGAAAAUCAAAUCAGUUUCACUUUUGAUUAGUCAGUUUCAUUUUAAUGUUUUCAGUACUGGAAACUUAGUUUUAAAACAAUUUUAGGGUGGAAUUUCCAAAUAAGUUGUUGAGUCAUUUUUAUAAGCUUUUAUGUUUAAAAGGAACUCAUGCUUACAAACUGGAAACUAUGAACCAAAUUUAAAUUGACAUUGUUUAAUCUGUUUAAUAGACUACAGGGUUUUCCCAACUAUCCUCCUUGAGAGGAUGACUUUAAAUGCAUCUCUCAGUUAUUACUGUUCUACCAGCCGAAAGUUAAAAAACAAAACACUUCAGUUUCUAUCACUGUACAUUUACCUAAAUAAUAGCAAAGAUAGGAGAGUAGUCAGGUCACUGUCUACUGGUGUUACUGACUGCUGUCGCCUGGACCUGCUCUGAGCAGAAUGGCUAGACAGCAGUCGGUCUACACUAGUGCUCCCAGUCCACUCAUUGAUGAGCGAGACACUUCAUGAGGUAGAGGGGGAACAGUCUAGCAGACAAAGCCUAUCUGUUUUCCUUUAAAUGGACAACAGCUAGUAAGUAGCAGUUUAUUUUGCAGUUUGCGAGGGGUUCUUCACUUUUGAUCCAAAACUGAUUUUACACAAGUAUAGGAUUUCUCCUUCAGCAGCCAGCUGAAUGAGAGCGACAGGGUAAAAGCAACUGACGGAGCUUGUACAGUACUGUAGAUUUACAAUAGUUUCCUUCUCUUGUCUUACUUGUUGCACAGAUCCCAAAGCAACCACCUCCUGCUAAGGUGCAUGUCUUCCGGUUAACACUUGUAUGUUGUUUUGGCCAGGGCGAGUCAUCCUGUUUAAAACAGCCAUUCCCUGUAACAUACUAAAACGGUAUCGCCGCAAGUGCUUUUUCUUCACUAUAAAUCAGAUGCAACUUCGUUAGAAGGUGUUAGAAACUCAGCAUGAGGCUCGCUUUGGAGAGCGCUACUUGACCCCAGCAUUAGCGAUAAUAAAGGGAAACAUCCACAGCCGCCGGCCAGCUAUGCCGAGCCAGAAUUUCGGAGGGCAGGAGCGCGCGGACGGGAGGUGCGAACUCUCGGGUUCUUCAGAACAGGCUGGAACCACAGUGCGGCCGGGUUUCCAGGGACGCGGUGGCAGCGCCCCGCAGCAGCCCCACGGGGGCGACUCACCCCGGCUCAGCACUGAGGCGUGUUCCCCGGGGCGCUCGCAGCUCCGGCAUGGCCCGUGACAGAGACCCGGGGGAGAAGCGGGGUCACGAGCCCAGCAACGGUCCUCCUAGACCGUUUCCCCUCCGCAGGGGCAAAAGAAAGGACUUUGAGCGAGCGAUAGCUUCCUCCCCACUCACUGUGGGCGCGGGUCUUCCGCAAGAAGCCGGGAUAGGCUGAAAGGCGCUACGGGGCGUGCCCUGCGGCCCAGCGAUAUGCUGCUUAUGGUAAUGGGCGGGGCCUCGGGCCCAGACGCUCUCCAGUAGGCUGUAAGGUUGAAGGGGCGUAUCCCCGGUGCUAGACGCGGUAUGAUAGGCUGCUUAGCGUGAAGGGGUGACUCCUGGCGGCAGCAGCCUCUAGGGGCUGAGGUCCGUCUCGGCGGUAGCGGCGGAAGUCUCGCGAGGGAACGUAGCCGGGAUUUGGCGGCUGGCUGCCUCCCUCUCGCUGGCUGCGAGGAGCUGCCUGGUGUUUGUGUGGAAGGGGGAGGAGGAGAAGGAAGGGAAGCGAGAGGAGCCCGAGCCCCGUCUCCUGCCCGCCGAGGGGAGCGGACCGGACCCCCCGGUCGCUCGUCCCCUUCCUCGCCCCGCCAUGGCCUCGGGAGACACCCUGUACAUCGCCACGGACGGCUCGGAGAUGCCGGCCGAGAUCGUGGAGCUACACGAGAUCGAGGUGGAGACCAUCCCGGUGGAGACCAUCGAGACGACCGUGGUGGGCGGCGACGAGGACGAGGACGAGGAGGAUGAGGAUGAAUGCUGCGAGGAGUGCGGCCCGCACCACCCGCCCCAUCACUAUCACCACCACCACCAGCCCAUGAUCGCGCUGCAGCCGCUCGUGUCGGACGGAGACCCUAGCGGAGCAGGCGGCGGCGCGGGUGGCGGCGGCGGGGGGCAGCUCCACCUGCACCAUCACCAGGAGGUGAUCCUGGUGCAGACCCGUGAGGAGGUGGUGGGGGGAGACGACUCGGACGGGCUGCGGGCCGACGACGGUUUCGAGGACCAGAUCCUCAUCCCGGUGCCGGCCCCCGCCGGGGAGGACGAGUAUAUCGAGCAGACCCUGGUCACCGUGGCCGCCGCCGGUAGCAAGAGUGGUGGGGGUGGCGGCUCGUCCUCGGCCGGAGGCCGCGUCAAGAAGGGCGGCAGCGGAAAGAAGAGCAGCAAGAAGAGUUACCUGAGCGGGGGAGGCGGCGGUGGGGCCGAAGGCGGCGGAGGCAGGAAAUGGGAGCAGAAGCAGGUGCAGAUCAAGACCCUGGAGGGAGAGUUCUCGGUCACCAUGUGGGCCUCGGAUGAUAAAAAAGACAUUGACCAUGAAACAGUGGUGGAAGAACAGAUCAUUGGUGAGAACUCUCCACCUGAUUACUCAGAGUACAUGACAGGAAAGAAACUUCCUCCUGGAGGAAUACCUGGCAUUGACCUUUCAGACCCCAAGCAGCUAGCUGAAUUUGCUAGAAUGAAGCCACGAAAAAUUAAAGAAGAUGAUGCUCCAAGAACGAUAGCAUGUCCUCACAAAGGCUGCACAAAAAUGUUCAGGGACAACUCUGCUAUGAGGAAGCAUCUUCACACUCAUGGUCCUCGAGUACACGUAUGUGCAGAAUGCGGCAAGGCCUUUGUGGAGAGUUCCAAGCUAAAGCGACAUCAGCUAGUUCAUACUGGAGAGAAGCCCUUUCAGUGCACGUUUGAAGGAUGUGGAAAGCGAUUUUCACUGGACUUCAAUUUACGCACACAUGUGCGAAUUCACACUGGCGACAGGCCCUAUGUGUGCCCGUUUGACGGCUGUAAUAAGAAGUUCGCUCAAUCAACUAACCUGAAAUCUCACAUCUUAACACAUGCUAAGGCCAAAAACAACCAGUGAAAGUAAGCGAGAAGAAAGCUCUUGAACUCUCAAAGCAUCUUACAGGAGUAUGGGAAUAAAUAUGCCUCCCCUUUGUAUAUUGUUUCUAGGAAAGAAUUUUAAAAAAAAGAACCCUACCCACCUAAAGGACAUGUUUUGAUAAAGUAGUUAAUAAAUAAAUAAAAACUUUAAGAUGACGUUGCUAAGAUGCUCUACCUUGCUCUGUAAUCCAGUUUCAAGAACACGGUGUUUUGUAAAGUGUGCUCCCAACAGGAGGGGACAAUUGAUGAACUUGCAUCAAAAAGAGACAAUUCUUUAUACAACAGUGCUAAAAUUGGACUUCUUUUCACAUUCUUAUAAAUAUGAAGCUCACCUGUUGCUUACAAUUUUUUUAAUUUUGUAUUUUCCAAGUGUGCAUAUUGUACACUUUUUGGGGAUAUGCUUAGUAAUGCUAUGUGUGAUUUUUCUGGAGGUUGAUAACUUUGCUUGCAGUAGAUUUUCUUUAAAAGAAUGGGCAGUUACAUGCAUACUUCAAAAGUAUUUUCCUGUAAAGAAAAAAGUUAUAUAGGUUUUGUUUGCUAUCUUAAUUUUGGUUGUAUUCUUUGAUGUUAACACAUUUUUGUAUAAUUGUAUCGUAUAGCUGUAAUGAAAUCAUGUAGUAUCAAUAUUAGAUGUGAUUUAAUAGUGUUAAUCAAUUUAAACCCAUUUUAGUCACUUUUUUUGGAAAAAUACUGCCAGAUGUUCAGUGUAAUUUCUCUUUGCCUGUUCAGUUACGGAAAGUGGUGCUCAGUUGUAGAAUGUAUUGUACAGGCACUGACCUUUUAUUAACACCUGAUAAUAUGUACAUCCCAUGUAAUAGAAAGGACAACAAUAAAACAGUGGUCCUGAAGAAAGAGUAUGGCAGAAGAUGAUCUGUAAGCACAGUCUAAUUUUCUUUUUUUUGUCCAGAAUAAUUAUAGUUCUUGAACCUCCCAGAAAUUGGAAGCUUAAAUAAAACUCAAGUUUCCUUUACUUUGCAUUCAAUUACAAUGAUUUUUGAUUAAGUAAUACAUCUGUGGCAAAACAUAAUAUACCGAAGGUGGUAAUUUUAGUCAGAAUUGGUGACAGUAAUCCUGGGUUUGGGAGUGACUUGGACUCCUAUUAACUGGAAUAAUGGAGUUGGAAACAGUAUUUUCAGCACCCACAGCCAGCGAAUCGGUGGAAAAACACAGUGUCUAAAUUAAUUGUGCUUUUCUCCUUAAUCAGGGUAAGGAGUGGGUGGAGUGGAGGUGUGUGGGUGCCUGCUUCUUUACUUAGUCACAGUAAAGGUGGGUCACUGGGGUCAAUGGUGACCCCAAAAUAUUGAGCGAACCCUUUGUUUGAUUGGGCUAACCUUCAGCUUUGGACCAGGUGCAGUUUCCGGGAUCCACGCUUCGAGCAAGGAACAAAGACCAUGGAAAUUUCCAAUAAGUUUUAACGUACACAACAUUCUCUUGAUGGUCUAAUCACAAGUGAUUUCUAACACUUUGUUACAAAUGUUGAGUAAUAAAUCUGUAUGUACCGUAGUUUACAGUGAAAGAGUGACAAACACAGGAAUAUGCACACAAAAUGCAUAGGUAUUGUUUUAAAAGAAUGGCCAAAAAAAGGCUUAACGUUGUUCUAAACAGUGUCUGAUAGUAAAAUGUUUGUAGACA